AUGUGGAGCUCCCCCAGGCCCAUCUCGGCGUUGGUGCUGCUGAUGGUCACCGCCGCGCACGUCGGAGUGAAGGUCACCCCAGACGUGAAGUACACGAAGACAAAGCCCUUGCAGCUGGCUGCCAGUGGUGCCUCUCACACCCCCCUCACCCCUCUCUUGGGGAAAAGCCCCUUCCCAGCAGCCCCAGGCAGGGCUGAGCUGCCCAGCUCGAGCUCCAUGGCCCAUGGGGCCACCACGCUCUUCCCCUUUGAGAACUACACUCUGGACACAGCUGAUUACUUCUUCAACUGCUGUGACUGCUGCCCACCCUCUGCAGGGCCCCGCGGGCAGCCAGGGGAGCCAGGACCCCCAGGUCCCAAGGGGGAGAAGGGAGAUGCUGGUCGGCAAGGUCUGUCAGGAACCCCUGGUCCUCAAGGCCCCAAAGGUUCUAAAGGAGAAAGAGGAGCCAAAGGGGAGCAAGGAGAGCGAGGAGUGAGUGGGACCCCCGGGUAUCCAGGCAAGCCUGGGCUGCAAGGUGAAGCUGGAGCUAAAGGCAAUAAGGGCAGCUACGGCUUCCCCGGCCUGAAGGGACAAAAGGGCUCCAAAGGGGACACUUGUGAGAACGGGACCAAAGGAGACAAGGGAGAUAAGGGGGACAUCGGAGACCCCGGAGUGGAUGGAGAACAGGGUGACAAAGGGGAAAAAGGAGACAUAGGGGAGAAGGGCUACUGCGGGGAGCCAGGGGGGAGAGGUGCCAAGGGGGAGCGAGGGGAAGGGGGCACGAAGGGAGAAAAGGGGAACAAGGGGGACGUGGGGGCCGAGGGCGUUCAGGGGCUGGAUGGAAAACAGGGGGUGAAGGGCGAGCAAGGCAAGAAGGGUGAGAAAGGGGACGCGGGCCCCGCAGGCGCCACGGGACCUUCCGGGCCCAAGGGGGCUGCGGGCAGCAAGGGCAGCCGCGGGGCGCCGGGCAGGAAAGGCUCCCGCGGGCCGAAAGGAGCCCGAGGCGCGUCCCCGAAGCCGCUGCGCUCGGCCUUCAGCGCCGGCCUGUCCAAGCCCUUCCCUCCGCCCAACGCCCCCAUCCGGUUCGACAAGGUGCUGUACAACGAGCAGGAGGACUACAACCCUGCUACCGGCAAGUUCAACUGCAGCGUGCCCGGCGCCUACGUCUUCGCCUACCACCUGACGGUGCGGGGCCGCCCGGCGCGCGUCAGCCUGGUGGCGCGCAGCAGGAGGGUGGCCAAGGCCCGGGAGACCCUCUACGGCCAGGAGAUCGACCAAGCCUCCUUCCUGACCGUCCUGAAGCUGAGCGCCGGCGACCAGGUGUGGCUGGAGGUGGCGCGGGACUGGAACGGGGUCUACGUCAGCGCCGAGGACGACAGCGUCUUCACAGGCUUCCUUCUGUACCCCGACUUCCUGGAGAUCCGGCUGUAG